AAGCCACAAAUCCCUAGCUCGCUUUGUUUUGUUCGCACGACCCAUUUCACUCCCUCCUCCAGAACACGCAGUGCCGCCGUGUUGCUUCACCUUUCUCCUUCGGGGCUGAUCUGGAGAGGUGUCCAAUCUAAGUUGCAAAAUGGUGGCCAGAUCUAUCACAGAUCUGGCUUGUUUUCUCCUCUUCUUUCCUUUGUCUACCUCCACAUUUUCCCUUGCAGAUAUUUGGAAUUCGGAGAUGGAGCCCUUGGCGAGGACACGGUCUGGAGAGCUUUGAAAGAAGAAGAUUUCUUCCCUCUGGGUGCUUCACCGGUCGUCGUUCGUUCUGAUGGGUUCCCCCGCAUUUGGAUGGCGGAAGCUGAUGGCGAUUGGCUGGGGCGGGUUGCAUGGGAGGCCCUCUUCCUCUCCCUGCCAGUUCGGGUUUGGUGGAUUCUCCUCCCGUUUUGACGAGAGUUGGCGGUGGCUGGUGGGGGUCAACGCUGCUGUCAAUUUCAAGUGGUGGUAGUGAGUCGGCUGCGGCGGUAGAUGCGUCCAGAGGGAAGCGGACGCUCAACUAGGGUUGGUGGGGUUUUGACAAUGUUUGGGUUCUUGGACCGGGCCCUAUUGGGUAUUUUUAUUUUGACAAAAGAUAAUCAUGUAUUGA